CGGUUACUAGUCCAACGCUUUAACCACCUGUCGCCCCUAACCUGUGUUAUUUUCGGUGUGUUCCACAGAGCCAGUCCCGGCCUACUCGUCGUGGCAACGGGAGAGCAUGGACAGCGAGGAGGCGUGCAUUUCACCCCAAGUGGGGGGCCGCCUGAUUCGCCAGCUGAUUGAAGAGGACAGCGACCCCAUGCUGUCCCCCCGUUUCCACGCCUAUGGUCAUUGUCAGCAGUACAUAGAUGACACCGAGGUGCCACCCUCGCCGCCCAAUACACACUCCUUUGCCAGUCGGAGGAGGAGUUCCUCUCUGGGCUCCUGCGGUGACGACGACCAGCAAGAGCUGACCUCAGCCCAGCUCUCCAAGAAGAUCCACGGUCUCAAGAGGAAGAUCCACAAGUACGAGGAGAAGUUUGAGGAGGAGCGCAAAUACAGGCCCUCACACAGUGACAAGGCUGACAACCCAGAGGUCCUGAAGUGGAUGAAUGAACUGGCCAAGCUCCGCAAAGACCUGAAAGAGCACAAGCUCCACAAGUCUGAGGAGGACCUCCCUCCGCUGACCCGCCAGCGCAGCAACACCCUGCCCAAGAGCUUUGGCUCCCAGCUGGAGAAGAAGCCCCAACAGGAGAAGGCACCCAAGCCCCCGGUAGAGAACACCCUGGAGGGCGUCCAGAACAAGCUGCAGGAGAAGAGGGACGAGGUGGGGCGGCCCGAGGACGUCAAGGAUAUGACCCGGGAGCAGAUUGGCGCUGAGAAGGUGGCCUUGCAGAAGGCUCUCCUGUACUACGAAGGCAUCCAUGGUAGACCAGUUACCAAGACUGAGAGACAGAUCAUGAAGCCCCUGUACGACAGAUACCGCCUGGUCAAACAGAUCCUCUGCAGAGCUUCCACCAUCCCCGUCAUUGCCUCCCCCUCCAGCAAACGCAGAGGUCCUGUACUUCAGCCCAUUAUCGAGGGCGAAGCCGCACUCUUCUUUGACGACAUCAAGGAGGAGGAGGAUGGCUCUGAGGAUGACUCUGAGUCCAACAACAAGCCCCAGAUCACAGGGACAGUGCGUCCAGACUUCAGUAUGCUGGGCUUCCUGGACCAGCUGGAGGAGGAGACGGACGGCUUCAUCUCGCCCGUCGACGAGCUCUCGCCCUCCAAGAACACCACCGACAUGCGUCUGUCCAACCUGCAUUCGGCCACCAUGCCGGAACUAGUGGAGCAGCUACAAGAGGCCCGGGAGGAGAAAAAGAGAAUCCGCAAGAACCUAAGAGAGUUUGAAGAUCAAUUCUUCAGGCAAAACGGCAGAAACGUGCAGAAGGAAGACCGCUCCCCUUUGGCGGUAGAGUAUAACGAAUACAAGCACAUCAAAGCCAAGCUUAGGCUGAUAGAGGUUCUCAUCAGCAAAGGAGAUGCCUCGAAGUUCACCUAAAGAAAAGAAAACAUCAAAGACUGACAGAGGAAUGAAUGAGGCUCAGUCUCAAUAAGAGAUGAACCACACCAGCCCAUGGAAAGGAAAACAUACACCUCAUCAUCCCUCACAAUAUGUUUAUUUUUUUCUUGUGCCAUAGACUCAUUUGGCUUCAGGAGAUGCCAACAUGUUGCCCCCUGAUUAAUCCCAACUGUAGAAGGGAAACGGUAUGGCUUAGUUACUGACCUGAGAGGUGUUGGAACUGACAUGUAGGUGCUGCCCCGGAGGCUACUCCAGCUUGCCUGUUGUUUCCCUCGUAUAGAAGAAGAACCCCGGAACUCAAAAUGUCGGGCAUCUUUGAAUGACUACUAACCUAACGUAGCAGGCCUUAAAAGACGCCUGAGUAGAGUCCCCACAUCGGUUUUUCAGGGGAAGUGGAGGAAAAUACUGUAUCCCUGAACCAGAAACAUCCUAAUUUUCCUGACCCCGCAGAGAGUGGACCAAAACCAACCUUUUUUCAAAGGAAGAUUUUUUAUUUUUUAUUUUUGGUGCAUCUUGAUAUUGAUUGAUACCAAGAACUACCCUACAUCAAAUAGUCAUCACUAAUUUAAAGGAUACAUUUACAAAGAGUGUUGUAUUGAUUUAAUUUAUUUUUCUUCCUUUGAAUGUUUAUAUAGACUCAUAUAGUUCAUAUAGACUUUUAUAUUGGAUUCAAAAAAAGUCUUAAUGUGGAGUGUAACAUUAGAUUUGGGAUUAUGUACUUUAAGGUAUUGCCAUUUUGAGAAACAAGAUUUUGUAAUCAGAAAAAUUUAAUGAGGGGAUUGUGUAUUUUUGUAAGGGAGACAGACAGUUACAAUCUGCAUGCAAACAACCAAUCAGACAGCCAGUCUAUCAGAGUUCAGCCAAUGGAUGGAUUUUUAAAAUGUAACUCAUGAUUGGUGCCAUAUGCCACAUUCGCGUGUAAAUCGGAACUAGGAAACUCUGACAUUUUCGACUUGCAAACUAGUUGAACGCUGCACAUGUAUAAAUACAACCAGUUAGCAAGUCAAACAUUUCCGACUUUCCUAGUUCCGACUAGCACGUGAACGUGGCAAUAAUCUCGAUGUUAACCUAGGACAAACACACUUGUCAUCAUCAAUGCUUAUAUUUGUUUGUUUCCAGAAAUUGUGUGUAUUUUUAGCAUACUAUGAGGAGCGUUAAUUUGUUUAAACUGAGAACUAGAAUGCAAAACAAAUAGUCUAUGAUGUGUUAUUAUGAUCCAAAGAAAAUGACUCAGAUUGCAUACCAAAAUAGUGUAGUGGAUCAAUGUAUACAAUUUAAUUUAAUUAUUGUGAUCAUGGUCAUCAGUCACUUAUGAAUUUGACUGCUUGUAUAUUAUUUUGCAUUUGUCUGUUUUCUUUUCCUAUUCACUUUGUGUGAAAAUAAGCUAUCCUGUCUUGAAAUCAGUGGUAUAUUUUUGCUCAAACUUUUCAACACCGACAAGGGCCAUUUUGUGUGGAACAUCCAUCCUUAAAGAAAAGUCCCAAUAACUAUCAAAAUAGCUGCCAAUCCCCAACGCAGAGCCUUCAAUACUCAAUCAAGGCAUGCUGCUUUCUUUUUUUAUGUCGGUAUUUUCAUAGCCUAUUUGUUCCUUGUAAAUAUGGAUCCAGAUCUAUGUUUACAUUGCUAAGUGAGGAGGUACAUCUUUCCUUUUUCUCCAAAAUGGAUCAUUUUAAUAGUGUGACUUUCGUUUUUAUUGAAUGUAAAACACUGGUGGACAUAAUGAAUUAUGGGUGUGUACAUUUUAGUACAUAAAUUGUAUAUAUAAUAUAAAACCAAACAUAUUUUUACUGAG